CUGGGCUGCGGGCGCGUCUCCCGCGCUGCGGGCCGGGGCCGUGAUCUCCCUCCUGGCCUUCCGGGCUUUCUUGCCAGCCGGGCCGGAAGGGACGGUGCCCCUACAGCCCUGUGUUCUCAGGCUCCAGGCCCGAGCGGUUCAGGCUCAUUGGAGUCCCUCUCCGUUCUCCGUCGCGGGAAGGUCUUGUCACCCACCGUGAGCUGGAGUGCCGACGACUCGGACCUCAGCCCCAGGCUUCUGCUUAGGAGAACCAAACCCGGGACGGACCUGAGCGCACAUCCUGUUAGGAUAGAGGGUGGCGCCUGGAGGAGCCAGGUGCGGGGAAUACAGUGAGGAGGGUGCUGCCGCUCCGAAGACUGACAGGUGGUGGGAACCUAAGCAGGAGGUGGCGAGGAGUACGGGAGAGCGGUGGCCAGUGUGGCUGCUCGCACUUGGUAGAUGGGGCUUGGAUCUGGAGCCGAAGCUGAUAGCGUACGUGGUUAAGAAGGUGGUGCCUCGAUAAAAUCGGGAGCCCUCGCGCGAGGAGGAGGAAUUUUGUGGAACUUGGGAUGUAUCGGGUUUGCGACGGUGGUUUAGGCAGGGAUGGUAGAAGAAUAACAGGAAGAAAGCAUGGGGAGUGAGCCGGAAGGAGACGUCCAAGGUGAGAACAAAGCAGGUGGAGUUUCGUAUAGUAAUAGGGUAAGAAGUAGUGGUUUUGUUUGGGGGAAUGUUAGCAGUGACAGGAGAUGCUGCCAGGGUUCAAGGAGCCCGUGGGAGUGUGAGACCGGGUGGCUGGAUGUGAGGAUGAGGAAGUUAGAGAGUCGGCUACUGAAUGGAGAGACUGGCGGUGCGGACGUGAUCCUUCUUCCCUUGGAGCACGGAGCAGACGCUUAUUGAGAAAAUGAUCCACAGUCUAUUUCUCAUAAACUGUUCCGGUGACAUAUUUCUAGAGAAGCACUGGAAGAGUGUUGUGAGCCAAUCUGUCUGUGAUUAUUUCUUUGAAGCUCAAGAGAAAGCUGCUGAUGUUGAAAAUGUACCACCUGUCAUUUCAACACCUCACCACUACCUCAUCAGUAUCUAUAGGGAUAAGCUCUUCUUUGUGUCUGUCAUACAGACUGAAGUGCCACCUCUCUUUGUAAUUGAAUUCCUACAUCGAGUUGCUGACACUUUUCAGGACUACUUUGGUGAAUGUUCAGAGGCUGCAAUUAAGGAUAAUGUGGUCAUAGUGUAUGAGCUCUUGGAAGAAAUGUUAGACAAUGGAUUUCCACUGGCUACUGAAUCUAACAUUUUGAAAGAACUGAUUAAACCACCAACAAUUCUCCGUUCUGUCGUCAACUCUAUUACAGGCAGUAGUAAUGUUGGGGACACACUCCCCACUGGGCAGCUGUCCAACAUCCCAUGGCGCCGGGCAGGAGUAAAGUACACAAAUAAUGAAGCCUAUUUUGAUGUCGUUGAAGAAAUAGAUGCAAUUAUAGAUAAAUCAGGAUCUACAGUCUUUGCAGAAAUUCAGGGGGUCAUUGAUGCUUGCAUUAAGUUAUCCGGAAUGCCUGACCUUUCCCUUUCUUUCAUGAACCCCAGGCUGCUAGAUGAUGUCAGCUUCCACCCCUGCAUCCGGUUCAAACGUUGGGAAUCUGAAAGAGUUUUGUCAUUUAUUCCUCCAGAUGGAAAUUUCCGACUCAUAUCAUAUCGGGUCAGCUCACAAAAUCUAGUGGCAAUACCAGUGUAUGUGAAACAUAGCAUCAGCUUUAAGGAGAACAGUUCUUGUGGCAGAUUUGAUAUUACAAUUGGACCAAAGCAGAAUAUGGGGAAAACUAUUGAAGGAAUCACAGUGACAGUUCACAUGCCAAAAGUUGUGCUGAAUAUGAACCUGACACCAACACAAGGCAGCUAUACAUUUGAUCCAGUUACCAAGGUACUAACAUGGGAUGUGGGGAAAAUUACUCCACAAAAGCUCCCAAGUCUUAAAGGACUGGUAAAUUUACAGUCUGGAGCACCCAAGCCAGAAGAAAAUCCAAGCCUCAACAUACAGUUCAAGAUCCAGCAGCUUGCUAUUUCAGGCUUAAAAGUAAACCGCUUGGACAUGUAUGGGGAGAAGUAUAAGCCAUUUAAAGGAGUCAAAUACGUCACAAAAGCUGGAAAGUUCCAAGUGAGGACAUGAGAAGAGGCCAAAAUCCUUCGAGAUCUGUUUGUUUUCUCAGUGUCAUUAUAGUUUGUUACUAUGAGGUACCAAGUGGGUGGGAAUACUUAUUCUAGUUAAAGCAUUUGUGAGCUACACGCCGCUAACAGAGUUGCUUAGUGCUCCAUGUAGGGUUCUUAAGGAGCUUUAAGCUAAGGUAAUUUUUUAAUAACCUAGCUUGUUUUGUAUCUUUUACUUAGGAAGAUUUUGGGGGUGAUUUUCUCCAUAGGGGGCACCAGCUGGAGGUUGCACAUUGUAACAGUAAAGGCAGAAGGCUACAGUGAUAACCUCUCUCCUAAAACAAGUGAACUGAUCUCAGCCAGCAGCUGUCUUCAUCUGUAAUGUGAUGUGUCAAGUGCAGCCAAAUAUCACACCUGAUCUUAGCCAUCCCAAAUCAGCAUCUGUUCCAAGAGGAAAUUCCCUCCACCCCAAGAAGUUUACAAAAAAACUGCCUCUUCAAGUGUUUGCCUUAUUCAGCUUUUCACUUGUGCCAUUAAGCAAGCACUGUAGCAGAAGCCACCUCCACAUGCCCUGGCAAGGAGCACUGCUGCUCCACGCUCCAUCCUCACUGUACUUGGUAUUGUAUUUUUUAUAAAUAAGAUUUCUAUGUAAAGCGCAGAUUUUAAUUUACAGAGACCUUGCUGCAGUAAGUACCAUCUCAGUUUUGCACCAUUGGUUCAGCUGUUAGCACAGUAAAAAUCAUUUGUAUGAAAGGGGCAAAUGCUUUAUUAAGGUAAUAUAAGGGAACACUACUGCUUUUAGGAAGUUAUUGCAAGCACAAGUGUUUGAGAUUUUAAAUAAAUUAAAGUAGUAAAAUAAGAAUGUAAGUGAACCUUUGCCAUCUUCAUGUUUUAUAAAGCUUAUCCAACACCAAUUAAACCAUAGUUAGCCUAAAGGCCUCAUGCUGUAGAUCAGCAAAAGGAGGAAAAUAUGCCUGCCUCACUAUGGUCUUUCAUCUUUUUUGUUAUUUUUACUUUUUUAUUGAAUUUAUUGAAGUGACAUUGGCUAAUAAAUUUAUAUAGGUUUCAGGUGUACAAUUCUAUAAUUACAUCAUCUGUAUAUUGUAUAUUGUAUUGUGUGUUCAUCACCCCAAGUCACAUCUCCUUCCAUCACCAUUUAUUCCCUCUAAACCUUCUUCUUCCUUCCCCCACCCCUUUCCCUUUGGAAAUAACCAUACUGUUGUCAGUGUCUAUGUGUUGUUGUUCUUAAGGGGUUGAAUUUGCCUGUGUCCCUUGUCUUCAAGGGGAACUCCCUUUUCAUAUUGUGUGUUUCUCAAAGCUAUAGUCAAUAGCUUCCGUCCUGAAACUAUUGUUGUAAUUGUCACUGGAGUACUUACAUGUCUCUGCUGUACUGACAAAUCAUGUAGAAGAACAUAGUGAGGCAGAAAUAAAAUCCUCAGUAACAUUUAAA